UCUCCCUGGACCUCUACACAGACCUAUCACACAGAGGGAGAGCUGCGCAGAGCAGAAACACAGAGCGGGACUACUAGAGACUUCGUGUCGUGCAAAGUUCGCUCUCUUGGCAAAGUGAGCGCAGCUUUCUCGGAGAUGAGCCAAACUAACCAAGAGUUAUUUGGUAGCACGGUUUGGCCACAGGGGGAGAGCAGAAAGGAGGCAGGCGACGGUGGCAGUGCUCCCAGCAUGUCGCAGAAAAGUGAGGAAAGUCGGCUCUACUUGGUGAAGAGCUCGUUUGGAAGCGGUGCUGCCAGGCGCAGGGAACUGGACAAUGCGGACGCAAACGUCUACGGAUCCGGACGCAUUCGUCCUCAAAGCUGUGCCAUGGAAAAUCACUCCCGUCAGACAGCUGCUGCACCUCAGGAGUUGAUGAACAACGGCUGCCGAGUGGGCGACUCUUCUUCUUCCUGCGCCACAAUCUCAGAAACAACCAGGGAGCUGUGUAAGGCUGUCUCCGUGUCCCUGGGGCUCACCGGCGAGUCCACUGACACCAGCGACAUGGACCCUGCUCUGCCCCCGUGUGCUGACCACAUCCUCGGAGAGAGUUCAUAUGGAGCCGGAGCUGUGGCUCUGAGCUGCUCCGGAGCACAGGCUGCUGCCUCAGGCUACAGGUGCCCGGACCGGGACGAGCGGCCCCUGCCUGGCCCGAAGCAACUGGUGGAAGUGUUUAAAAGUUUAGAGAGCGCUGCACCGCUGCACCACUGCACUGCAGCUCGGACAUGUGGGGAAGAGCCAGACUUCAGCCUGUGUGAGCCUGAUGACAGGACCCCAGCGCGCACACACUCUUGCCCUUACUCCGCGUCCGCGCCCGGCAGCCUGGCGCACUUCAGCCACACGGGACCGGAGAGGCCGUGCCGGGGCUACAAACCGCCGGACGAGGCGCGGGACCCCAUGGAGAGCAAGUUCCGAGGUUACCAGCCUGAACAGUACAGCGUCAAAGUCAAAUGUGAGGAGGAGGAGAGCACCGGGGCCCUGUGGCCCGGAGAAUACACCUUCAACGACACGUACAACUCUCAGCUGUGGGGCUCCAGGCACUGCGUAAAAGCGCGCGGCACUGGCGCAACCGGCGCGUUCAUAUGUAAUCCAUACGAGCGCAGCGUCACGCGCUCUGAGCAGUGGUACCCGGCCGGGAUGCUGAGGCCAAGCUACCCCAACCCCAGCUACGUGAAGGCUGAGGUGAACGAAUGGAUGGACGUCAACUACAACGACACGAGUGAAACUUUGUGUUGUAGAAACAGGCCUGUGAACUUCCAGCCUAUAGAAAAGUGCCCCAUGCAGCUGGAGCAGUUUGAGGCUGGCAGAGAGCACAUGUUCCCCAUGGAGUUCUUCUUUCCACCACAGAGGACGUGCCUGAUCUGUUCAGACGAGGCGUCUGGCUGCCAUUACGGUGCACUCACCUGUGGCAGCUGCAAAGUUUUCUUCAAAAGAGCUGCAGAAGUAGGCAAACAGAAAUACUUGUGUGCAAGCAAAAAUGACUGUACCAUCGAUAAGCUAAGAAGAAAGAACUGUCCUUCUUGUCGGCUGAAGAAGUGUUUUGAAGCUGGAAUGACACUUGGAGCACGUAAACUAAAGAAGAUCGGACAGCAGAAGAACCCUGAAGAGGAUCAUCCUGUGCAGGACUCUACAGAGGUCAUCCAGAAUAUCUCUCCUAAGUCGGGCCUGAACUUGAACUCCCAGCUGGUCUUCCUCAACAUCCUGGAGUCCAUCGAGCCUGAGGUGGUGAACGCGGGACACGACUACGGCCAACCUGACUCAGCUGCCACCCUGCUCACCAGCCUCAACGAGUUGGGAGAGAGGCAACUGGUCAAAGUGGUCAAAUGGGCAAAAGUAUUGCCAGGUUUUAGAAAUCUCCACGUGGAUGACCAAAUGACUGUCAUUCAACACUCAUGGAUGGGGGUGAUGGUGUUUGCCCUGGGAUGGAGGUCCUAUAAGAACGUCAAUGGCAGGAUGCUUUACUUCGCCCCAGAUUUGGUGUUCAACGAAAAUCGGAUGCACGUCUCCACCAUGUACGAGCACUGCAUUCGGAUGAGGCAUCUCUCCCAGGAGUUCGUGCUGCUGCAGAUCACUCAGGAGGAGUUCCUGUGCAUGAAGGCCCUGCUCCUCUUCAGCAUUCUUCCAGUCGAGGGUCUGAAGAGUCAGAAGUACUUUGACGAGCUGCGUCUCACCUACAUCAACGAACUCGACCGGCUCAUCAGCUGUCGAAUGACGAACAAUUGUUCUCAGAGGUUCUACCAGCUCACCCGACUGCUGGACUCUCUCCAGAUGACGGUAAAGAAGCUCCACCAGUUUACAUUUGACCUGUUCGUCCAGGCUCAGUCACUCCCCAGCCAGGUCAGCUUUCCAGAGAUGAUUGGAGAAAUAAUAUCAGUUCAUGUACCACGGAUCCUGGCAGGUUUGGCUAAGCCCAUCUUGUUUCACCAGUAGACAGAUUUUUUUAUAUAAAAAAAUUCCCACUCUGCGCUGCUGCCUCCAUAAACUUCAACCAAGGCUUUGCACUGUUUCCCUCCAUGUCCAACAUAAUAGUGCCAAGCUCUGUCCCAUAAUCGUCCGUUUUAUUGCUCAAUUUAUUUAUUUUUUUUCCUUUUAGCCAUAAUUGAGAUUGUUUGCUCUGAACUGAUAAAGCUUUUAUCUGCAGAGCUGCGAGGCAUCAGCCUGUUGACAGCUCUGCUCUUUCUGAGUGGAGGGUUUGUUUUAUUCUGCUCGGCCAGAGAUGCUACUUUACAUAUGCAGCAAGUCUGUAAAUCAUAAACGUAGCAGGGUUAAAAACAUCAGGUUUUGCAUGUGACCUUCAUUAUAACAACACUUGAGGAGGUACACAUAAAUAUUAAAAAACAAGCAAAUGAAAGAUGGCCCACAGAGCCGGAGAGAAAUGGAUCAUCGUAAUAAACUGACACUCUGUUUUUAUAAAUGCUGCCUUCAGGUGCUGUGUGUGAAAUAGAAAGUGAUAAAUACAACUUGUAAGGAAUGUAAGAGGCAAACAUUUGAAAUGUACAGGUUUAAGAUUUAGUUUUAUCAUUCUCAAAAUUUAACUUGAAGACAUUUUUAAAAAUUAAACUCCCUAAUACAUGCACAAGAUCCUGAAAUCCCAGUGUGGCAAUAAAAGGUGUUCAUAAACUGUGCUAAAUAAAUCAUCACUGAAAAACACUAGUUUGAUUUUGUUACAAUACUUAAAGUAGAGUAAAUGUAAAACAUUAUAUGUUUCAAAUCCAAUAGUAAAUUGUGAUAUUAAAUCACUGUUACUGAGACUUAAGCGCUCACUUGGUUCUCAAUGAGGCGCAGGAAAUGAUCACUCGGUUGUAUUUACCACUUGCUAGGUUUGACACUACAGCAUUUCUGAUGGCAGGGGCAGCUGUAAUUUAUUAUAUUUUUUAUGUUUGACCUGUUGUAAAUAUGAGUAUUUAUAUCUGCCAGAUUAUGCUCAUUCAUUGGUUAAAAAUUAGUAUGUAAUAAAUCACAAUUACAAUAAAGUCAAGACUACUUUACCUUUUCUUUAAGAAAAAUGGCGGACAAGAUGACAGGUCACAUCAGAUGUAGAGCAGGUGGAAGCCAAAAAAGCAAAACUCAACAUUAUGCAUUUGAAAGAUUAAAGUAAAAUAUCAUACAUCGUUUCUUAUAAGAUAGAGCAAAGUGUUGAAUUUGAACAAAGCCACAAAAGAAACAGUUAAACUAAAUUGAAUACACAAUCUAAGUCCUGUACGUAUGGCAGAAUUGACAGGAAACACACACUUCACUCACACAUGUUGUCUUCACACAGUCAGUCUCCUGGAUCGGUCCCCUGAUCCAGAUCUGCAUCAAAACACAAUGGGCUCUUCAUUGACACAUAUCACAUCCUUCUACCAAAUUUUGUGGAAAUCCGUCCAGUAAUGUUUGUGUAGUCUUGCUUAACAACAAACAAAUUAACCAACAAACCACCAGACAGGGGAAAAAGAAGGUUAAAUAAGUGAAGUUGGGUCAAAUCUGACAGUUUGUUGAGAAGUUUUGAUAUUAUAUUUCACUGCACAGCUUCAAAGUUCAUUCAUACAUGAAAAAUAGAUGACAUUUAAAUCAAAGAGCAACAUUAAUUAUUUUUGGUCUGAUAAUAAACAACAUUUCUGACCAAAACUUGCGUGAAAAUUGAAAUCACGUCUGGAACUCCCACAGAAAAAACUGCUGCAGGACAAACUAAUGAUUAGAAGUAGUGGCUUUAUUGUGAAAUGGUGAAUGAGAUGCCUGUGGUGCUCUGAGUCUUAACAACCAAUCAAACCGUUUACACUACGAGUCACAAUCACCUAUUUACAUCAAUCCAUAAGGUGAUUCUAUUUACGUGGCACAGCCGGCAGAUUGACCCCCCAUCAGAUUAUUGUUACAUUUACGAUAAACUACAUUAAAGACAAGAAUGGAAGCCCUUCAGGCACUUACCAUUGUUCCUCCCAGACAACACGGUGUUGACAGCAUCAUGCAGAGAACUAUUGCAAUGAUGUUCCAACCUGACAAUAGAUAUAAACUCACAGCCAUCUUAAAAGUGGAAGGCCCUGAGAUGUCGAAUGUGGAAAUCCAUGACUGCGGUUGCAAAAAGCUCACAGAUAACAUCCAAGAAAAGAAACCCCAGUGGAAUGCUUUGAAGAUAACCGAGCACAGACACUGAAGAGCAGCUGAUGAGAAGUGUCGCCAUUGAUCCAGUUGAACCCAUUCAUCAGGUUUUUGCCUGAAUCCAGCUGGUGAAACACUUUGUAUAUAUGUCCAAACACUCUUUGUGCAGUGACUGUAACUAAGACUGAAUCCUUUCAGUAAAAGAGUCUGAAUCCAGCUGCUGCGUGUUUAUGACAAUCCAACACAAACAGAACGAAAAACUUCUGUGGCUUCUUCGGCCUUUUCAACAAUUUUCAACAAGGUUUUAUUAUUGAGUAAAUCCAACAAUAUUUUUUUUUUAAAGACAGUUUCUUUUACACGCCUGUAGAUGCAUGCACCAAGUGUAUAGUCUGUGUAACGUCUAGCUUUACAAAAAGCACUGCUCAGACAUCCAUGUGUUCCUCCAGUUACCUUUGUGUUCUAUACUAUCUGACAUCUGUCCCCUGCAUUGAACCACGGCGACACUAUCGGGAGGCAUGAAAAAUGUGUUGUACAGUGCACGGUGAUAAGAGGACAGUGUUCAUCCAUUAACGUAAGUGAAGCUUGUACCUAACUUCAUCCGCACAGGUCCUCAUGUCUUUUUCUUGUCUUUUUUAUACGAUAUUUGCUAUGUGAAAAGGAUGAGGUGGGGGGAGGGGAGGCGAUCUAGUCGCUACGGACAAGUAUAGUUCAUGCAUGAGUCUUGACCCCAAUGCACCUACUAAUUAUAGCCCUGAAACUUGAUAAAGACGUGUCUCCUGUCAGUUGUGACGCUGUAGACAGACAUGUGAUUGAGACAGGAACCCAGAUAAAAUAUUAUUCUUGUGCAAAAGCAGUAAUAUGAUUUGGAGCAUUUGUGUUUUGAAUAAGCGGAAAAUGCUUAAGUUAUAAUCAAAUGAUAAAAUCCAGAAACCGAUAUUCAAGUCUUUCUACAUUUCCUGAAUGCACUAUGUUGUACGACUGUUCUUAACAGUUACACUUUGUUUCUCUUUAAACUUGAUAACACUGUUCUAAAUAAUGCAGUAGUCUGUUUCUAUUAAUCCUGUGUAGCUUUAUUGUGCAUUAGACAGGGCGGAAUCUGAAGGCGUUACAAGUGCAGGUGCAUCUCGAUGAGCAACACACUGUCGAUGCCCCUGUUUUGUUUUUCCAAUACUGAAACGACUGAAUCACAGUAGGCUGUGUUCUGUUGGACGUCAAUGGACAGGAGCUGGUAUGUGCCCUGUGUACUGCAUAUGAAGCUCGUUCUUUGUACAUGAAACAGUAACUGUAUAUAUUGAUUUGUUUAUUGUCUGUUUUGGUGUCUGGACACUUGACUUUUACAGUCAUCUCUUGUAUGAUUUAUACCUUUUGUGACUUGCUGUGUGUUUUUCCAAUUUGUGUAUUUUUCAAAAAGAUGUAAAGCUGCAUAAUCUUUUGAAAGCAAUUAAAAAAAUACUUCUGACUCUAAAAA